AUGCCCCGAAAUGGAAUCAAAUGGAUAUUGUUCUUCGCGUGUGUGACGCACACCACUGCACAAUUUUAUGACUUUUUCGGCCUCCAACCGUUCCUUCAAAGUUCUGCGCAGUCCUUCCACUAUGACGUCACAACGAAGCGUCCCAGAAAAACCACAAAUAAGUCGACAAAGAUAUCCAUCCCACACAACGCUAGAGAGGUUAAUAGAGAUAGAACGACACUAGCGCCAGUCGUUCGCGACAGUACAAAGACGCAGAAAAAGAACUCGAAAGAGAGUUACAUUCGAGAUGACAGAGUUUACUUUAGUGAAGAUAGAAAUAAUAGGUAUACAACACAAAACCUGUUCCCCAAUCGACCGGGAGUCAGACCCGCUGUAACCAAUGGGCCGCCUAUCACCAACAAACCGCCGGUCUCUUCAGCCUAUGAUGUCACUCCAGAAUUGGUGAUAGGGCCAGACGAAGAUUACAUGAGCGGCACCGAAAAGAGACGAUACUUAGAUGUAGCUGAGAGAAAUAAUACGGGUUCAAAUUCUGGUCCGGUCGAAAAGUUCGGUUUAGUGAUGGUUGACUCUUCCAUUAUCACCAACCCCACUGAACUCAGAAGAGACAAGAUCAGACAAGACCAACAUGUGCGAAAAUUACAAGUUGCUAGACGUAAAGCAGGUGCAGGCGAUACCACUUGUCCCCUCGCCCAGACCAGUCCGGGUCAACGUGUCAUCUUGUGCCCCAUCGAAAGUGCCUCUGGUGGUGGGGGGUCGAACACUUAUUCGUGGAAGUGUGGCGGUAGUCUGCUGAGCGAGCGCUACAUCCUGACAGCGGCGCACUGCGCUUAUCAGGACAAAGAUAACUCAGUCAGCCUAGGUCCACCACGUGUUGCCCAGCUGGGUUCCUCGUAUCUGAACGACCCAGAAGCCCUCGUGGUGAGGGUGGCUUCAUCCAUCAGACACCCCAAGUAUAAAUUGCCAAAAUCCUACCACGACAUAGCCCUUAUCAAACUCGUAAAGUCGGUGACGUUCUCCGAAGUGAUACGACCGGCGUGUUUGGGUAACCCACCAGCGCCCGGUAAACCAAUCAUCGCGUCUGGGUGGGGAAGAACAGAAUUCGGUGGAGACCAAUCUUCGGAGUUGCGCAGCGUCUCGAUUCCCGUGUGGGACAUGUCCCAGUGUCGGGACGUUCUCGGCACUUCGAGGAAGAUCCCCGAUGGCCCAUCAGAAGACACGCAGAUCUGCGCGGGUGAAUUAGAGGGGGGAAAGGAUACUUGUCAGGGUGAUUCCGGCGGUCCGGCCCAAAUCCAAGAUGGCUGCGUGUGGAGGGUAGUUGCUGUCACAUCAUUGGGACGAGCCUGCGGCGCGCCGCGAACUCCGGCUUUAUACGCAAUAGCACACCCCGUAUUUAUAUCUGCUGUUAUAUUCAACGAUCAGAUAGAUAAGCAUACAGGCUCUAAUAGUAAUAAUAAUGGAAUUACGAGAAAAUCCACUAGUGCCGACAACGAAGGUAAUCAAGGCUAUCAUAAAGAUUUUGAAGCAACAACAAAACGCCACGAUUAUGGAUACAACGGUUUUAAUAAUCCCGAUUCCAGUGAUAAUUAUAAUUCUAGAAGGACUUAUCCCGAAUCUAAAAUUGUCAGAAAUAAUCAAGCUAAUAGCCAAAAUGGAAGAACGAACAAUAAUAAUAGAAAUUACGAAACUACAACUAAACGUAACAACCCCAUAGUUGUUAGUGGACAUAACUAUCAAGAUUCAAUUAAAAAUUCUGACUCAAAAAAUACUUCCGAUGUAACCUAUAACAGUAAUUCCGGAAGUAGAACGAGAAGUACACAACCUAGUAUUCACAAUCAAAAUGAAAGAGUAGACAAUAGUCAACAAACUUAUGACGCUGGAGGUUCUUAUGAUACAUACAAUGCUAAUAAUAAUUACAAUUCUAGAAAGGGUAACGAUGGUUCUGCUAAUAUAAACUAUGACAGUACUUCCAGAGGUAAAAAUAAUGACAGAGGAAGUAAUCAAGGAAAUUUUACAAAUAGUUAUCAAGGAUCUAAUAGUAAUUAUAACUCUGGAAAUGGUGGUUACGGAAUUCAGUCCAAGAAUAAUGACAAGUUUGAAAGCAACCUAAGACGAGAUUAUGAUAAUCCCAGACCUAACGAUAAUCAGAAUUCCGGAGUCUACAAAACUAGUUCCAAUCAUGGAAAUGAUUACAAUUAUUACAACAAUGAAAAUACUCGGUAUAACCAAAGACCGAAUACGGGUGGUUCUGUUAAUAUUUACGAAAAUGAGAAUAACCAACCGUCUAGAAAUUUAAACAAUUACAAUUCUAACUACGAGACCACUACUGUAAAACGUGGUAAUUAUGAGGAGUAUUACAAUAAGCAUAUUCAAAGAAAUGAUUACAAUGAUAAUAACGGUAAUCGUAAUCAACAAUUUGGUACUCGUCCACAAAUCCCAAGGGAGUAUUACGAUUAUCAGAGCGACGAUAGUCAAAUAUAUUAUCAGAAUGUUGGGAAACGAAACGAUGGUGGAAAUGUUUGGUGGACGUAA